GGCGCCUCAAAUAACCGGAAGAGAUAACUCCUACUUCCACCCGGUCAGUCUGUAGCUUCCGUGUGGCCCUGUCUGAAGUCGUCAACACGCCGUCCUGCCUCAAAUUGUAAUUGGCGCUAGCUAUAUUUAAAUUCACUGGGAAGCUAAACUUCAAGAUAUGCAUAUUAAACCAGGUUCUUGGGAGGCCAACAACGCCGUAUGUGAGUCAGAUCGCCUGUGUGACCCUGCUGUUCUGGUUUCACCCCCCAAGCCUGAGCCUCACAUCCGGAACCGCCGUCUUUCUCCUGGUUCUGGCAUUUGUGGCGGAGGGGGAGGAGGCUCCUCUGCGGGGCCUGACAAGCAAUUCAGACAGGUUUCUCCAUCGGCGCCCGAGGCCGUUCUGAACGGGAUAGGCCAACCAUUUGCGUUUCCUCACAGCCGCGAGAGGGAGCGGAGGGGCCACAUCAGAGGCCGCGGCCCCCGACGGGAGAGCCCAAGGGUGAGUGGACGCCCCAGCGACAAGGCCCAGAGACCCGGCCCCAUCCAGAAGGCCCGGUGGGUGGAGGACAGCCUGUCUUUGCUCAAGCCUCCACCGUCCUUCCCGGUGAAGGACAGCCCUGCCAAGCUGCAACCGGCCGUGAGUUACGCUUCCAAGGUGAAGGCAGGGGGUGGCGUGGCGGGGGGCACCGAGGAGCCCCCCGGCAUCGGGGUGCUGCUGCAGAACCAGUGGGGGCUGAGCUUUAUCAGUGACGGACCCGCUGAAAACAGUCCCUCUGCAGCGGCCCCUGAACCGACUCAAAACCUAACCCCCCCGGCUACGUCAGAACCUGCGGCCAGCCACCCCGUUGCCCCCUCGAACCCCCUCACUGGAGAUAUGGACUCUGAAAAGCCUGCCCUCCCCACCACUCCUGCCCUUGCUGUGUCCUUCUCCAUGGAGCUGUGCAACAGACAGGAUGAAAGCUCUGGAGAGCUGCUGCUCACCUGUCGCCACCUGGUAGAGGCUAUGCAAUAUCACGUCCAAGAAUGGAACACUGUGUACAACAGACAGAAAGAAGAUCCAGAGAAGGUGGUCUGGUACAAGAACUCCCUGGAGCAGCCGGCCUAGCACCAGGACGCACGGGACACUUAUUUUUGUUGUUUUUCUUUCUUUCUUUUUUCUUUUCUUUCUUUUUCUCCGUACAUGUACACACAAACACACUUGUAUGUACCUAGCAGCCAUGCUAUUGCUCUCACACGUGUACACACAAACACACAAAACAAACACACAUACAUAGACACACUGCACUCAGGUUGAUCUUUUUCACACAUCCACAAUGAAACACUUUGAUCCUAUCCCUUGAAGAGAGAAUUAAGUCUUGGACUUCUCGGUUGCCUUACAACAGAGCCUGCCUCAGUGAACCUGAUUUCUUGUACAUUGCUCGAAUGGAUAGCCUCAUCAGCCCCUUCUCCUUGUUUUUUUAAACCAUCACAAAAAAUAAUUGAGAAUUUUUAAAGAUGGGUCUGUAUUAAGAGCUGUAAUUUUAUUGUAAAGAACUACAGUUUUAUUCUAAAGAUGUCCUAUUUCCCUUCCAUUGUUUGGGGGUCCCCUCUGACAUGCGAGUGGUCAAUCAAGCACUUUCCUAUCCGUUGUGAUUGUGAACAGAGCUUUCUAAUACAGCCCUCUCAGACUGAUUGUAUUUUUUAAAGCACAGACUUAAAAUAUAUCUGUAGUAACCUAACCCCCACCCCCUUAAAACAUCCUUUCACACUUGCUUUCAUAUACUUUUUUUUUUUUUUUUUUGUCCCCUAUAGGGAUUGCUAUAUGUGCUUUCCCCACGAGUUUACGUAGGUGCAGCUUGCACAGUGUGGAAGUGCCCUUUUUUGAGUGUGUGUGUGUGUGUGUGUGUGUGGUGUGUAUUUCCCCUCUUCCCUGCCUCCUUUUUGACACACCCAAUUUAGUUCAAUGUUUGGUUGAAUGUCAAUCAUACACCCAGUCUAGGAUCAUAGUUGAUUUUAUUAUGGGUUAUGAUUUUGGGUUAGAAUGGAAAAUUUAUAUUAUUAAAGAGCCUACACUGGAGGAAGUUUUGAUGGUAAAUCAGCAGUAUUGAAAAAUUAAAAAUAAAAGAAGUUAUCAACAUGA